ACGUGGAUGCAUCACUGAAGCAUCCCACGUCCUAGAAUCAUUAUAGUAGAUCAUUAUAGUAGAUACACGUGUAUGAUCAUCACACGUUAUCGCAAAAUGUCGACAUCUGGAAACUGCGCGUUACGAAAAAUCAAUGCUGGAAUUUUGUCCGCAUGCCUUAUUGGUUUGGGAUUAUCAUAUUAUACGUACGUCGUGGAAACUAAAAAGGAACAGGAUGAUUCGUACAAAGCAAUGUGCGACAUUUCGGAGAAUAUCAGCUGUACCAAAGUAUUUAUGACCGGAUAUGGUAAAGGGUUCGGAUUAUUACCAAAAAAUUCCGUAUUUAACAUUCCAAAUCCCAUAUAUGGGUUACUAUUUUAUAUUCAAAUUAUAGUUUUAAGUAUGAUUAAUAAUUACACUUGUUCUGCUGCUGUUGUUGCUUUAGGAAUACUCUCUAAUAUUUUAUCGAUAUACUUGGCGUAUAUAUUAUACGUUUUUAAUAAUAUUUGUGUAGUGUGCGUUAGCAUAUACAUCGUAAACGCAGCGAUUACAUUUUUUGCUAUUAAGGAAUUCCGAAAACUAUCAAUUGAUAUUGCACGGAAAAAGAAGAAAUAGAUUUAACUACAAUUUUUUAGCAACUGUGACCAAGAUGAUAUUUUAUAAUAUUU